UGCAAUGGCCUUAAGGUUAGGUAUUACUGCAAUGUGUACGUACAUGUGCAGAUCUAUAGUAACGUGUAUAAUAUUUUAUACUGUUUGAAAACAGAGUAUGAAUACUACUAAAUAAAUAUCCAAAUAUAUUGGGUACAUGUUAAUAUAUUUAUAUUAUUACAAUAAUAAUAUACUACAAAAAUAAUACUACUGUACUCUGUGAUUACAUUGAAUAUUUUAUGACAGUAAGAAAAUGGGAAGUUUAAUAGGCGUACGUUUCUGUGCCAAUACUCAGUUAAGAAGUUAUGCAGUAAUCUCAGCAUUAAAACCGAUAAAAAAAUAUGUACAUUAUUGUUCAUCAAAUAAAGGAAUACAUUGUCUCCAGAGCCAGCGAAGGUCUCUGCAAAUCGGUCAAUGUUGUGACAUUUUUUAUUUUUCAUUUUACAAUUGCGUCAAAGUGAAUAAUGCAAGAAACUUUUUGACGACCUCUAUGCUGUCAAAAAGCAAAAACCGUGGCGAAAAGAAGCAAAAGACACAGCAUAUUGAUUAUAAUGAGUUCGAACAAGUUGUUGAUGUUAAUAAAUUGGUAUCUCAACUCGACAAGGCAAUCGAAGACUUGAAAAAUGACUUUGCUCAGCACUUGUCAGUAAGAUCAAGUAUAGGUGCUAUUGAGAUGUUACCCAUUAAAUUUGAAGGCAAAGAUUACACAUUGCAAGAGCUUGCACAAAUUAGUCGUAAACCUAAAUUGGUAGUGUUGAAUGUAUCUACCUUUCCACAAGCUAUUCCAGAUAUUCUGAAGAGCCUUAUGAAGAAUCAGAUGAAGCUAAAUCCGCAACAGGAUGGGACUACAAUUUAUGUUCCUAUCCCUAAAGUAACAAAGGAACACAGAGAAACCUUAAGUAAAAACGCAAAAAGCUUUUAUGUGAAAUGUUGUGACCAUGUUAGACAGAUACGCAAUAAACAAAUUAAGGUAGUAAAGCAAAAGGAGAAACUAGCUAAAGAUCUAGUAUUUAGAAUAGAAAAUUAUAUAGAUAUUCUUAGUCAUCAGUAUGUAGAUAAAGCUGAACAAAUGUUGGAAACCAAACAAAAAGAGUUAUUAGGCGAUUCUGAAUAAAAUUAUUUGAUUUCAACAAUUAGCAAUUUUUUAUUUGAAUUAUAUCGCUAAUUGGUGUAUGGAAAUGUAUAUCUAUAAUAUUUAAUUAUGUAAU